ACAGAGCGCAGUUUGUUGUUUCUGAGGGACACACUUAUCUGACGGACCUGAGCCUCUGGCGCCAUGAAAGGAAAUGUUGGUUUGUUUUCCUUUUUGUGGCUGAAAUAUUGACAAAUUUAGGAACUGGUUUUAUAAAAGGAAACAUCAUCUGGUACCGGAAGAAGGUCGACCGGCGGCGCAGACUGCAGGAUUUCCGCCGGAAACGCCAGCUUCAGUCAUGUUUGAGGAAGAAUCAUUCUACUGGAACAGAUUCCCAUUCUGGCCGGAAAUCGCGUCUUGAUCCUGUUGAUCACAGCAUUAUGAUCCCAAGUCUUCGAGUCAACCAAAGAUGAAAAUCUGUGACCAGGAGCAGAACUGUGAUGUGAAGCAGGAAGAAGAAGAACGUCCCCAGAUUAAAGAUGAAGAGGAGGAAGUGUGCAUCGGCCUGGAUGAAGAAGAGCAGCUGCAUCUGAAGCAGGAUUACGAGGAAGAAGAUCCAAACUGUCCGCAUGAUGCUCACAGAGGAUCGAGAACCGACCAGGAGUUGGCCGUGAGGAACGGGGGAGUCAGACGUCCGGUGGAGGAGAAAACCCCAAACAAGGACGUGGGUGCAAAACCCUUCAAGAAGAGGAAGUAUCAGAGACGGCAGAUGGAAAAACGGAGAUUUCCGUGUAAAGUUUGUGGAGAGAGUUUUGCUGCUCUGGGCGCUCACAUGAGGAUCCACCGCAGAGAGAAGUCCUGCAUCUGCGAAGUCUGCGGCCGCAGCUUCAAAACUCGCAACUCGCUGACCGUUCACCUAAAGACCCACUCCGGAGAGCGCCCACACUCCUGCCAGGAAUGCGGGAAGCGCUUCUGUCAGAAGCGGGACCUGAAGGUCCACGCCUUCACGCACACAGGCGAGCGGCCUUUUUCCUGCAGCAAGUGCGGGAAACGCUUCGGUCAGAGCGGGAACCUGAGCCGGCACAUGCGGACUCACACCGGGGAGCGGCCCUUCUCCUGCUCCAUCUGCAGCCAGACCUUCUCGCACAGCUCCAGCCUGAAGAAGCACACCGUCCGCCACAGCGUACAGAGACAACACGCCUGCGGCGCCUGCACGCUGAGCUUCCAGGACAAGGAGAGCCUGAGCGUGCACAUGCUGAGUCACAUCGGGGAGACGCCCACGUCCUGCGAGGAGUGCGGCAAACGCUUCAAACACAGCCACACGCUCAGGAUCCACAUGAGGAUCCACACGGGGGAGAAGGCCUUCGUCUGCAGGCGCUGCGGGAAGGGCUUCAGCCAGAGCGGGAACCUCAGCAGACACAUGCGCUCGCACACCGGCGAGCGGCCCUUCUCCUGCAAACUCUGCCCCAAACGCUUCCGGCGCUCUGACGACCUGAUGCUCCACAUGAGAGUCCACGCCGGGGAAGAAAUCCACAGCCCACCACAGACGGAGGAAAAAGCCAUUUAGACGCCACGUCACUCCUAUUUUUGAAAACCUCACUGCUUUCCCGAAGUAAAAACCUAAUAAAUAUGAACAUUUUA